CAGAUUCACGCACUCUUACACGCGCGCUCGCCGCCAUGGCCGCCUGCGCCGCGCCGCCGCCCCCGCCCCCGCUCGUGCUGCUGUUGCUGCUGGUUGCGCUGAUGGGCACGCUUCCGCUCCCCGCUUACGCCGCCAGCGCCGCCGACGGCGACACGCCGCGACGCGACGCCGACCUCAAAAACGCAGAAGGCCUUGAAAAACAUGGGGCGCGGCCCGAAGGAGAGAAGGUGGACCCAGGGAUCCAGUUCUUCCGGCCGGGGCCCGCGCACAAGCUCUGGCCCUUCGACGGCCGCAUGCCCUGCACCUGCGAGGGCUUCGGCUGCGGAUGCUGCGCGCAGAUGGUCGUCUCCAGCUUCAACUUCAACCGAACAGGGUGCAUGAACCUGACGUACGAGCCCUACGAGUUCGCAGUGGUGGCGCGCCUCUUCUUCGGGGAGACGAUGCUUUACGAGCGGAGCUUCUCAGGCAAGAACCCUCCGCCGGCGUGCGUGCCGGUGCCCGUGCCGUACGUGCCGAGCGUGGACUUCUGCGUGCAGUUCUUCGACAUCUACACGCCGGGCCGCAACCUGCACCUGUGCAUGGACUGGCUGGCGCGGCUGCAGCGCGCCCCGGUCGUCGUGCUGCACUUCGACUGCAUGCGCAUGGGCAGCGACGGCAUCGCCCUGCUCAAGCCAGAGGACGGCGACGGCCUGCCGCCGUCCACGCCCGCGCCCUCGCCCGCGCCGCCCGCGCCCCCGCCCGAAGCCCCGCCCGACGACAUCUACGACGAGGUGGCGCCCGGGCGGAACAACACGCUGCGCGACGCCGACGCCGUCGACCCCCAGGACGAGGGCGAUGACGAGGGCGAGGGCGAGGGCGAGGACGGCGCUGCUUCCAACUCCACCGCUCCAAGUCCUCUCCCCGAGCAUCUCACUGAGUCUGCCCCAGAUAUACUCGCUCGCGAAGGAUCAGUCACAAAUACGCCACUAGAACCCCAUAAUUAUACAAAACAAGAAAUCGAAGAUAAAAGCUCCAAUUCGAGCGAAACUAGCUGA